GGAGGAGCGCGGGGGUGCACGCGCUCCGAGUGUCGGGUGGACGGGGGCCGGGGGCUUUGGGGCCCGGGGAGAGCACAGGGGGCACGGGCCCCUGGCGCGGGCUGGGCGCGGGGGCGCUGGCGCUGAGUGAAGGGGCGGUGAGUCCCACGUGCAGCCUCGCCCCAUGUGGGAACCCAGGCGCACGCUCCAAGCGUCUGUCACGUUCGGUCUCCGCGCGGGCCUGUGGAGAAGCCCCCGGUGCGCUUCUGGUCUCCAGCCAAGCCACUGUUGUUUCCUGCACCCGGAGUCUGUAGUUGUGAACAACUUCCCCUUGGAGCAGCUCCUGGCGCGGUUGGAGGCCAGCGCUGGAGACGGUCCAGAGCAGUGGGACGCUCUACACAUCUGCGGGAGGAAAGCUCUCCCCCGGGUCCUAUCCGAAACACUUGUCCUGGGUGUCCAGGUAUCCGCCAGGCACACACGUGUGUUCAUGGGGUUCCUCGCCAUGUGGGGAUCCCCGGCUGCAGGUCUCAGAAUACAGGUUGGAAUCUGGGCCAGCUCAGAACUCCGGAAUGCAUCUAGAAGCAGCAGCUGUCUCCCAGGCUGCCCACCGUGCCAGAGCCGUAGUCCUCGGAGCUCCCUGCUGGGGGCCCAACCUCGCUAGGGGAGAACCCGGCUCGGCGUCCGCCCUUUCCUCCGCACCCCCAUCCCAGGCCGCAGUACAGGUGGCCUCUCCUCCCGGGGGCCCUGCUGCUCCUGUGUGGCAGCCCGUGCUCCCGGGAUGGGGCCAAGCAACUCCCCAUGACCCUGCAGUCCAGCCACGGGCCCAUGAGCUGGCAGCCCUCCGCCUGUUUUGGAAGCUUUGGGAAGCGCGUCCGGUGGUGCGGAGCCAAGUGUGGGAGGGACGCACCUUCCAAAGUGGGCCCGGCCUGGUGUGGCGGGUGUCCCUUUAGUUCGGAUCAGUGCCACCGAUCACGGCCCCAGGUGGUGGUCCCGCAGCGGCCGCAGUGCCGGCUCCUUGAGGCCUGGCCCUUCUCUCUUCAGUGAGGCCUGUAGGGGCAUUUCCGCCUGUGACGGGUGACAGAGGUCAGCGCUGCCUUGCGGCCCCCUCCCCGCAGUUCUGCCCUGGGUGCCCCUGCAGGGGCCUUCUCACCGUGGGGAGCCAGGGGUGCUGGUGAAGGGCAGGCCCAGGACUGUGCCCCCCACAAGAAGUUGGAGGAGGGCCUUAUGUGGGUGGAAGGGACAGAUUUUAAAGCAACGCUCAGGAAAAAACGUCAAGCAGGAAUGAAAGUGGCCAUUUCUGAAGGGAGCCCUGCAGGGUCUGGUACCUUCUGUGCGUCUCGGCAUCCUCACUGCUGUUUCUGCUUCCCUGGCACGGGGCAGGGGGAGGCCGGGCUCCAGGGGUCACUGGGCCGCCACGGGGCGGUAGAGGUUUCCUAGGGUAGGCGGCUGCCUUUGUCCAGGGUGGGCAUCUUCACUCACGUCCUUGGAGAGCGGGUCCCUGGCACCCGGGCUGAGUGAGAAGCACAGAGGUAGUUGGAGGCCCUCUUUCUGGCGCGCGUGACGGCCCUUCCCAGCCCCGGUGAGAGGCUGCCUUCCUUUGGCCACCCCUGCUGGGUGGCAGGCCUGAGGCUCAGGGGCUUCUUGAGCAGAUGUUUUUGGAGACAGCAGGUAAAAGGCUUCCUGUGCAGCCUGGAAGACCCGCCAGCCAAUGGGCUGCAGCCCAGAGGCGAGACCGUGCGCACGUGAGCCCAACGUGAGCCCUUGGCCCUUUGCUUCCUGUGAUCCAAGAGCAGAGGAGGCCUGGGUUUCUCCCUGCUGGCUGGGGGGAGGCCCCUCCUUCCUUCUAGCUGUCCCGUAACUCAGGAGGAAGAAGCCAUGGGAGUCCAGGAAGUAGAAAGAAGAAGCUGGUGAGCUUGCUGGGUUCUGGUGUCUGAGACUUCCGCCCCGGGAUUCGGGGGACGCCAGUCACAGAAAUAAACACAGGAGGAAAGAAGAACAGCCGGGCGCAUCUGACUGUAGUAGUUCCCCUUGCUGAGCGAGGCCCAGGCCUGUGUUGAAAUCACGGUACUGGGGUGAAGUCUUACUCUGCCCUCGGUGGCCCCUGGGGGUUCUCUGCCCCCGUCACUGACCCCUGUACUGUGGUCUGGUGUGUGCCUGGCCCGGCAGGUCCUCCUCUGCCACGUCCUCUGGGCCAUCGCGGGCGUGACUGCUCCUCCUCUGGGUCUGGCACUUGGACACGCCAGGUGCUGGGGCACCGUGAGAAGCAGGCCGUCAGACCUUGCGGGGGAGGUGCACGCAGCGCAGCGAUCACAGCCGGCGCCGUGAGCACGUGAGAGGAGCCCAGUGUCCCCGGGGACCUGGCUCUUAAAUUGCAUUUAGUUUUCGUUACUUAACAUUUAUGGGCCCCACGUGGUUGGCAGCCACUCUAUGGGAGCUGCAGCCCUGGAGCCCCCAGAAGUGGUGACAGCGUGGCCUGGCUGGGCCUGGCUCCUGGAUCGCCACAAGCUCCAGGUACAGCGUCCCCUUCGGUCUCCUGCAGGGCCGUCGGGGGCCUGGGCAGCAUGGCGCUCUCCGGCCCGGAGGUGGAGAAGCAGGUGCCGGCGGAGCCCAGGCCGGGCUGCAAGCUGCAGUCCUGGUGGAGCCUGGCGUUCUGCCUCUGCUUCUACGGCUUCAUGUCCCAGAUGCGGCCCGGGGAGAGCUUCAUCACGCCCUACCUCCUGGGCCCCGACAAGAACUUCACGCAGAAGCAGGUCACCAACGAGAUCACGCCGGUGCUGUCCUACUCCUACCUGGCAGUGCUGGUGCCCGUCUUCCUGCUGACCGACUACCUGCGCUACAAGCCAGUGCUGCUGCUGCAGGGCCUGAGCUACGUGUCCGUGUGGCUCCUGCUGCUGUUCGGCUCGUCCGUGCUGCACAUGCAGUUCAUGGAGUUCUUCUUCAGCAUCACCAUGGCGGCCCGCAUCGCCUACUCCUCCUACAUCUUCUCACUGGUGCCCCCCGCCUGCUACCAGCGCAUGGCCGGCUACUCGCGGGCCUCCGUGCUGCUGGGCGUCUUCACCAGCUCGGUGCUGGGCCAGCUGCUGGUCACGGUGGGCAGGAUCCCCUUCUCCACGCUCAACUACAUCUCGCUGGCUUUCCUCGCCUUCAGCCUGGUCCUCACGCUCUUCCUGAAGCGCCCCAAGCGCAGCCUCUUCUUCAACCGCGGAGCGCCUGCCUGUGCCGGGGCCUCGCCCUCCGAGCUGGACCGGAUGAACCUGGGCCAAGUUCAGCCCACGGGUGGGAAGCCGGGCCAGCUGCCGGCCUCCUGGCGGGACUCAGCGCUCGCGCACAUGCUCCGCGAGCUGGGCCACACCGCGCGGCUGCCGCAGCUGCGCCUCUGGUCCCUCUGGUGGGUCUUCAACUCCGCCGGCUACUACCUGAUCGUCUACUACGUGCACAUCCUGUGGAACGUGGUCAACCCCACCACGGACACCACAAGGGUCUACAACGGCGGGGCGGAUGCCGCCUCCACUCUGCUCGGUGCCAUCACCUCCUUUGCCGCCGGCUUCGUGAAGAUCCGUUGGGCGCUGUGGGCUAAGCUGAUCAUCGCGGUGGUGACGGUGCUGCAGGCCGGGCUCAUCUUCCUCAUGUACAAGACUAGCAACAUCUGGCUGUGCUACUCGGCCUUCGUGCUCUUCCGUGGCUCCCACCAGCUCCUGGUGCCCAUCGCCACUUUUCAGAUCGCGUCUUCUCUUUCUCAAGAGCUCCGCGCCCUCGUCUUCGGAGUCAACACGUUCCUCGCCACUGUUCUCAAGACCAUCAUCACCCUCGUUGUCUCCGACAAGCGGGGCCUGGGCCUCCCAGUCCGCUCUCAGUUCCUCAUCUACUUUGUGUACUUCCUGGUGCUGUUUGUCGCCUAUGUCCUUGCGGCCUUGCUGUCGGGCCUGCGCCACUUCCGACAGGGCCGCCACCAGCCCCUGCCGCCGGCCCAGGAGCUGAUGAGCCCGGUGCAGGAGCAGGGUGUGCAGGACGGGCCCGCCCCAGAGGACGGCGUGUGGGCCACGGGGGAGCAGCCUGAGGCCAAGGCCUGACCCUGCCCGGCCUGCUCUCCUGGCCGGUAGGCGGCCAGGUUCCUGACGCCAGAGGCAGCCGAGCCUGGGCCUUGACCUCAGAGCUGACACGUCCCCAGCAGCUGCCUGUCUUCUGGGUGUCAGCGGACGGGUUUCCAGCAUCGUCCACAUCGUCAGAUUGUGGCGCUGGUGACUGACGGGACCCCGGUGCUCUGUCCCCGAGACCCAUGCCUCAGGGGCCUCCAGCCUCCGCAGGGGUCCUUGGCUCACCCCGAGCAGGGCACCCCUCAGCCCUGCUUCACGCCCUGGCCAUGACCCGCGGCCUCCCGGGGACGCCCAGGCAGCUGCCCGGCCACCGGGGGCUGGUUUGCUGUCCCUGCCUACACGUGGCCGGUGGGGGGGUCCACGUGCCCGCCAGACCUCUCUGCUUUCACCCCCUUGUCCCGGGGAAAUGGCAAGGUGGUCCCAGACGCGAGCCCGGGGGACCCGGUGCCCACGGGGUGUCCCGGGCCCUGGGGGUGGGGGCCGUGUUCCGGAGCCUGUGGCUGAACUGUGACGUCUGCAGUUGUCCAGGUACUUUCGUUGUAAACGAUGUUCUGUUCCUUUUUUAAAAAAACUGACAAAAAUGA